CCUCGGCUGCUCGGGGAGUUGUGCUGCCAUAUUGGCUCAAAAGUAGUAAUCUUUGCACAGAGAAGUAGAGUCAGCAGCUGAGAUGAUCCACAGCCUGUUCCUCAUUAAUCACUUGGGCGACAUCUUCCUGGAGAAACACUGGAAGAGUGUGAUCAGCCGGAGUGUGUGCGAUUACUUCUUCGAGGCGAAGGAGAAAGCAGUGGAGCCGGAGAAUGUGCCCCCUGUCCUGCAGACCCCACACCACUAUCUCAUCUCCAUAUACAGGGACAAAGUCUUUUUCCUGUCUGUCAUCCAGACUGAGGUCCCACCACUGUUUGUCAUCGAGUUCCUGCACAGAGUGGCAGACACCUUUCAGGACUACUUUGGAGAAUGCUCUGAAGGUGUGAUCAGUGAAAACGUGGUGAUAGUUUACGAGCUGUUGGAGGAGAUGCUGGACAAUGGAUUUCCACUUGCAACAGAGUCCAACAUCCUCAAGGAGAUGAUUAGGCCUCCCAACAUCCUGCGAUCAGUUGUCAAUACACUAACAGGAGGUAGUAAUGUUGGAGACACGUUGCCACAGGGUCAGUUGUCUAACAUCCCAUGGAGACGGACUGGAGUUAAAUAUGCCAAUAAUGAGGCGUAUUUUGAUGUGACAGAAGAAAUAGAUGCUAUUGUGGACAAAUGCGGUACGACCGUGAUCGCAGAGAUCCAGGGUGCAAUUGAAGCCUGUGUGAAGCUCAGUGGGAUGCCUGACCUGACCUUGUCCUUUAUGAAUCCUCGUCUUCUCGAUGACGCGAGUUUCCACCCGUGCGUUCGGUUUAGGCGCUGGGAGUCGGAGCGCGUCCUGUCAUUCAUCCCACCGGAUGGAAACUUCACGCUCAUGACCUACCGCGUCAGCUCUCAAAAUCUCGUAGCCAUUCCAGUGUAUGUGAAGCAGAACAUCAAUUUUUUCGAGACAGGAUCUUGCGGUCGCUUGGACAUCACCAUUGGACCCAAGCAGACAAUGGGGAAGACGGUGGAGGACCUGAAAGUCUCUAUCCACAUGCCUAAGGCUGUGCUUAAUGCCAACCUCACAGCCACACAGGGAAACUACACCUAUGACUUUGCUACAAAGGUGCUGGUUUGGGAAAUUGGUAAGCUUAACCCCCAGAAGCUUCCUAACCUGCGAGGCAGUCUGACUAUGCAGACAGGUGUCCCUAAACCCGAAGAGAACCCCUCGCUCAACAUUGACCUGAAGAUCCAGCAGUUGGCCAUAUCAGGUCUUAAAGUGAACCGUCUCGACAUGUACGCAGAGAAGUACAAGCCAUUUAAAGGCGUCAAAUAUGUGACUAAAGCAGGCAGAUUUCAAGUGAGGACCUGAGUAGCUACUAUUACAGGUCGAAGGUCAGCAAUCCAGCGGGCCAAAGAGCAGCGAGGUUGCCGCACCACUGACUCAGCUCUGCAAUAAGCCUUACAUGUCCACCACCUCAUUGUUAUUAACAAUUCUGCCUUUUUGUGUGUGUGUGUGUGUGUGUGUUUGCCAUUACAUUUAUAUGACCUGAUGGUUUCGUGGCCUGUAAAGGGAAGCCUUAAUAAUAGAUCUGAUUUUUCAAAUGCUAUUAGUUUCUAUCCAGUCUGAAUGUGCUGCUUUGUGUGAAUCAUUCCUUCUUUUGUUUUUUUUUAAUUUAAUGUAAUUUUUUUGUAUCUAACACCUUCGGAGUGUUGCCUAAUGGGAAUAUUUUGGUUUGAAAAAGGGCAUUUACAGCUCACUGCCUUACACCACACCGCUGCACCUAAAGGACAUUGCCUGCAUGUUGCUUGCCUGCCUUUGAAAUUCUUAAGUUAGCCAGUUUUAUAAAUAUAGAUGUUUAGUUUGGAAAAAUCAAAGUCUUUAUCUACUUUCUGAGUAGCUGCAGAGUCUUCAGGCCUUGCAGGUAUUUUUGCACACACUCCCUCUCUAAUGUGGCCUUUUCAGAGGACGUUCACAAGCUUCUCAUAGCACAAACAAGAGCACAAAACUUCAUGUUUUGGAUUAGAGACGACAUUACUUUCAAAAUAUAUCCUAUAUUUAAGUGUGGUGAUAUUACUUUGAUCAUCAUUUGACCUGCAGGACUCAGUGACUCAGACAGUCUAUUGGGAACUAUUCUGUCUGAAAUCUACAAGAUCCUCAAAUAACCUCCAGUGCAGCUUCUUUACUCAGCACAGCAUUUGCACAAUCAAUUGUCCAUGUGGGAAAUGCAACUUCAAGCUCUUGUAUGAAGUUGAAUCUGUAUUUCACUUUGUCUUAUUAAAAACUUCAAAAUUCA